UGUAAAUGUUCUGCAGAGCUGCUUUGACAUAUCAGGGUGCUUUGUCCAUUUCGCUCGCUUUAUUGAUGGUUUUGAUUGUGGUUAAGUUAUAGGGCGUGCAGGCCGAAUUUUGUAAUUCUCCAGUUGAGGUUGUUUUGCAUUGCUACCAGAGGAGCUGGAUGAUUGGUUGACCAAUUAAGGGCCCCAGAGCUGCUGUUUCACCGGCGUUUGAUUGAAGAGACUGAAGUUUAUUUACUUGUUUGACUUGAACCGACCAAGGAAGGAAAUCAACAAUGUUUCGUUACUUGAAUGAUGUGGAUGACAGCCCGUACAUGAUGGAUCCAUUCGCAGCACACAGGCACCAGAUGAGGAGUAUGUUUGGGUCAUUCGGGAUGGAUCCGUUUGCUCUCACUCCGCAGAUCCAGCAUCCACGUACACGCAUUCAGCCACAAGCUGGAGCCUUGACCCCCUUUGGCAUGAUGGGAAUGGGUGGAGGAUUCAUGGACAUGUUCAGCAUGAUGAGUGGAAUGAUGGAGAACAUGGAACGAAUGUCUGGUUCUCCAAACUGCCAGACCUUUUCCUCCUCGACAGUCAUCUCGUACUCCUCUACAGACCCAGGAACACCUAAAGUCUAUCAGCAGACCAGUGAAUAUCGCACUGCUCCCGGGGGUAUCAGAGAGACGCGUCAAACGAUGCGGGACAGUCAGAGCGGGCUGGAGCGAAUGUCUAUUGGGCAUCACAUUGGUGAGAGAGGUCAUGUGAUGGAGCGUUCCAGGAACCGUCUCACAGGCGAUCGUGAAGAGAGGCAGGACUUCUUCAACCUGGAGGAGAGUGAGGCAGCUGCCUUUGAUGAAGAGUGGAGGAGAGAGGUGGGUCGGUACCGCCCCCCUACUGCCCGCAGUUUAGAUUAUGGGCGUGAGCGGGGCGCAGGGGUUGGACAGCAGCUGGCCCUCACAGCACCUCCGACCUCCUCCUCCUCUCCUUCACCCCGCCACGAGUCACCACGCCACCAUCCUCCUCAAUCCCGUCCACGCUACGACUGGUGAACGGUGGAGUUAUCUACCUGAUGCUGUGAAAUGAGAGAAAGGAGGAAUAGAGAAGAAAAAUUAUAACCGAUGGGUCAAAUGUUUGAUAGAUCUGAACUGUCUCAAUAUGUGUAGUCAGCUUCUUACAGGAACAUGUGCUGGCAUGAGGUAUCAUAACACGGGCUGAAGAGUUUAGAAUGCAUCCCCGUUGUGUGUAAUUCGGCCUGGUCUGUGUACUUCAUACCACGUUACUGCUCCCAAAGCAUACACACCAGCAUCCAUCAUAUUUCAAACAGCUCUUCAACCUUGUGAUAUAUACAUACACAAUGACAUCUUUGUAUUUAAAUGAAUUCCCAUGCUUCCAAUAUUUCAAUAUCCAAAUAUUUAAUUAUACACUACACAUAUAUGCACACACAGACACAUACACGCACACAUGCACACACACACAUUCACCGUAAAGUCCGUAUAUGUUUGUGUUGACACUAGGGUAUUUGUGGGUUUAACUGUACAAUGCUGACUAAUUAAACUUAUUAACUAAUAAAAAGACCUUGUUACAUCA